AUGGUGGAAGCUGAACCUGGAACUCCCACAUGGAAGUUCACACAGUGCUUCGGCGACAAGGGUGAGGUAGAUGACAUUACCGAAGCCGACAUAAUAUCCACCGUCGAGUUCGACCAUACCGGCAAUUACCUGGCCACCGGUGACAAGGGCGGCCGCGUUGUUCUCUUCGAACGCAAUGAAACGAAAAAGACUUGCGAGUAUAAGUUUCACACUGAAUUCCAAUCCCACGAGCCCGAGUUCGACUACCUAAAGUCGCUCGAGAUCGAAGAGAAAAUUAACAAGAUAAAAUGGUGCCGCAGGCAGAAUGCUUCCCAUUAUCUUCUCUCGACCAAUGAUAAAACCAUAAAGCUGUGGAAAGUAUUCGAGAAGUCGCUCAAGGUCGUUGCCGAAAACAAUCUGUCCAACGAAGUCACUCCGGCCGGCGUGCCCGGCGGUGGGGCUCCCCGAGCCCCAAAGUUCAAAGAUGCGUCCCAGCUCAAGCUCCCACGCAUGACACAUCAUGACACAGUGGUUGCCGCCGUGCCACGCCGGACGUAUGCCAACGCACACGCUUACCAUAUCAACAGCAUUUCCGUCAAUAGCGAUGGCGAAACUUUCAUCAGCAGCGAUGAUCUAAGGAUCAAUCUAUGGAAUCUCAAUAUCCAAGACCAGAGUUUCAACAUCGUCGACAUCAAGCCCGCAAAUAUGGAAGAGCUUACAGAAGUUAUCACAGCCGCCGAAUUCCACCCCCAGAGCUGUAACUGGUUUAUGUAUGCCAGCUCCAAGGGGACGAUCAAGCUAGCCGACAUGCGCGAGAGCGCCCUAUGUGAUCAACAUGCCAAACAAUUCGAGCAGGAGGAGGAUCCCUCCUCAAGAUCCUUCUUCUCCGAGAUCAUAUCUUCUAUUUCCGAUGUCCGCUUCUCCAAUGAUGGUCGUUACAUUCUCUCCAGAGAUUAUCUCACUGUCAAGAUCUGGGACGUCAACAUGGAGCGUCAGCCGGUUAAGACAAUUCCCAUCCACGAACACCUACGGCCGCGUCUCUGCGACACCUAUGAGAACGAUAGCAUCUUCGACAAGUUUGAAGUUGUCUUCAGUGGAGAUGGCAGCAACGUGAUGACUGGGAGCUACAACAACAACUUCAUGAUUUACCCCUCCGAUCCAGAUGUUGAGACGGAAGUUGUUCUCCAGGCCGAUAAAUCGGCUUUCAAAGCCAAGAAAGUGGGCGUGCCUACGCCCAUCAAUGCCACCAGCCCGAAUGGCAACAAGAAGGGCAGCUCACGCGCCGGCAGCCCUGCAGCCACGACUGGCCAGGGUAGCCGCAUGCGUAAGGAAACUGACGCAGACCAGAUCGAUUUCAACAAGAAAAUUCUGCACAUGAGCUGGCAUCCGUUCGAGGAUAGCAUUGCGAUCGCGGCCACCAACAAUGUGAGUAUCUGGACCCGCUCGGACUCUCAUUUGUUACUGUCUCUUUCACCCUGUGCGCUCAAUGUCGAUCCUGGCUCUCCGUCUCGUUAUUCGUCCGAUUGGACGCUCCUGUCGGAUGCGUUCGAUGAGGUUGAUGAAGAAGAGACCGAGACCGAGGACGAGGCAGAAGCGGGCGAGGUGCGUGACUGA